AUGAGUGAGCCAAUCAAUCGUCCUAACUCGACGCUUACUCGCUUAUACGAGACGCUUUUUGUGGGCUCAUUUCUUGAUUCAAAAUCAACCGUAACUGCCUACCUUAUCUAUAUCGUCUUCACCGGAGUAGGAGGAGAACAGGAAGGUCUACGCGAUCCAGAGCUUCCAGUCAAAGAGCACAUUCCCAACGUUCAAGCCGUUCAAGACAAUCCACCGGCCCGAACAGAAAUACUCGCUCUAGUCGGUCCAGUCGAUCUAAUCGGUCCAGCCGAUCUAAUCGGUCCAGCCGAUCUAAUCGGUCCAGUCGUUCGAAACAAAGCGAUCGUUCCGGACGGUCUGGCCGUUCAAGUCGGCGCAGUCGUUCCAGUCGACGUAGUCGUUCGCAACGUUCUUCGUGUGGAGCACGCACGACCUCAUCGAAUAGAAGAGACUCCCUCACACCAAGAACAUCUAAUCGCGGCAGUGAAUCCAAACGUUCUUCCAGACGCGAAUAGAAAGCUCAUCGACUGUUUCAGCUCUCACUAUCAACUUGUCGGCCAUCUUUGA